AUGGUCGACGUCGGAGAAGAUGAGCUCAAGCAGCUCGAAUACCUGUCUUUGGUUUCCAAAGUGUGCACUGAACUGGACAAUCAUUUGGGAAUAAGCGAUAAAGAUCUUGCCGAGUUUGUCAUAAGCCUUGCCGAGAAGAAUCCAACGUCUGAUGGUUUCAAGGCAGCGUUGGUGAAGAAUGGAGCUGAGUUCACUGAUUCUCUUGUCAGCAAUCUGCUACGACUGAUCCAAACUAUGCGACCCCCAGCAAAACCGUCUACCAGCAAGGCCUCUGAGCCUGUGGUCAAACCGAAGAAUGAGAAGGAAAAGUGGAAAGAGAUAUUUCCUGCUCUUUGUCGGGCCGACAAUCCCAUGACAAGAACCAUGCUGGAUGAGGAUGAUGUCAAGGUUGCUGCAGAUGCCAUGAAAGAGCUGGAAAUGUUUAUGCCCAGUGUAAGCGGCAGUGACUCCAAGUCAAGCAAACACAGACAUGAUGAAAGUGGUAAAAGGAGGAAGAGGAGCAGAAGCCGGAGUCGGGACCGGGACCGGGACCGUGACCGCGUGCGUGACCGUGAACGCGAAUGGGACAGAGACAAAAGGAGGCAUCGCCGCUCACGGUCCAGAUCUCGCUCCCGUGACCGAGGCAGGGGGCGCUCGUCACGCUGGAGGUCCCGCAGCCGUUCUGCAAGCCCGCGCUGGGAGAAGGACAAGGACAAGGACAAGGACAAGGGCUCGGACCGCUGGAAGGACAGACACGUAGACCGUCCCCCCCCAGAAGAACCCACAGUGGGGGACAUCUACAAUGGCAAGGUUACCAGCAUCAUGCAGUUUGGCUGCUUCGUGCAGCUGGAGGGACUGAGAAAACGCUGGGAGGGUUUGGUCCACAUCUCAGAGCUCAGGAGAGAGGGGCGUGUGGCCAACGUAGCUGAUGUGGUCAGCAAAGGUCAGCGGGUAAAGGUCAAAGUGUUGUCCUUCACUGGGUCAAAGACCAGCCUUAGUAUGAAGGAUGUGGACCAGGACACCGGCGAGGACCUGAACCCCAACCGGCGCCGCAACAUGGGGCCCGAUGGCAGCGAGGAGACGGCCAUGAGGAACCCUGACCGGCCCACCAACCUCAACCUGGGACACGCGCCUGAGGUGGAGGACGACACCCUGGAGCGCAAGAGGCUCACUAAGAUCUCUGAUCCAGAGAAGUGGGAGAUCAAACAGAUGAUUGCUGCCAAUGUGCUCUCCAAGGAGGAGUUUCCUGACUUUGAUGAGGAGACUGGCAUUCUCCCAAAAGUCGAUGAUGAAGAAGACGAAGAUCUGGAGAUCGAGCUGGUGGAGGAGGAGCCUCCUUUUCUGCGGGGGCACACGAAGCAGAGCAUGGACAUGAGUCCCGUCAAAAUCGUCAAGAACCCGGACGGCUCCCUGUCCCAGGCCGCCAUGAUGCAGAGCGCUCUUGCCAAGGAGCGGCGGGAGGUGAAGCAGGCGCAGCGCGAGGCUGAGAUGGACUCCAUCCCCAUGGGGCUGAACAAGCACUGGGUGGACCCGCUGCCUGACGCCGACGGACGGCAGAUCGCAGCCAACAUGAGGGGCAUCGGCAUGAUGCCCAACGACAUCCCAGAGUGGAAGAAACACGCCUUUGGCGGCAACAAGGCUUCCUACGGGAAGAAGACGCAGCUGUCCAUUGUGGAGCAGAGGGAAAGCCUUCCCAUCUACAAGCUGAAGGAGCAGCUCAUCCAGGCCGUCCACGACAACCAGAUUCUGAUAGUGAUCGGGGAGACCGGCUCUGGAAAGACCACCCAGAUCACGCAGUACCUGGCCGAGGCGGGGUACACCAUGCGCGGCAAGAUCGGCUGCACCCAGCCGCGGCGUGUCGCCGCCAUGUCUGUGGCCAAGAGGGUGUCCGAGGAGUACGGCUGCUGCCUGGGCCAGGAGGUAGGCUACACCAUCCGAUUCGAGGACUGCACCAGCCCGGAGACGGUGAUCAAGUACAUGACGGACGGCAUGUUGCUGAGGGAGUGUCUGAUCGACCCGGACCUGGGCCAGUACGCCAUCAUCAUGCUGGACGAGGCCCACGAGAGGACCAUCCACACAGACGUGCUCUUUGGGCUGCUGAAGAAGUCGGUGCAGAAACGGCCGGACAUGAAGUUGAUCGUGACGUCGGCCACGCUGGACGCCGUCAAGUUCUCCCAGUACUUCUAUGAGGCUCCCAUCUUCACCAUCCCGGGCCGCACGUAUCCCGUGGAGGUGCUGUACACCAAGGAGCCCGAGACGGACUACCUGGAUGCCAGUCUGAUAACGGUGAUGCAGAUCCACCUCACCGAACCUCCAGGUGACAUCCUGGUGUUCCUGACCGGUCAGGAGGAGAUCGACACGGCCUGCGAGAUCCUGUAUGAGAGGAUGAAGAGUCUCGGCCCGGACGUCCCAGAACUCAUCAUCCUCCCUGUGUACUCCGCCCUCCCCAGUGAAAUGCAAACCCGCAUCUUUGACCCGGCACCGCCUGGCAGUAGAAAGGUUGUCAUCGCCACCAACAUUGCGGAGACGUCGCUGACUAUUGACGGCAUCUAUUACGUGGUCGACCCAGGCUUUGUGAAGCAGAAGGUGUAUAACUCAAAGACUGGCAUUGACCAGCUGGUAGUCACGCCUAUUUCACAGGCCCAAGCCAAGCAGCGAGCGGGCCGUGCCGGGAGAACCGGGCCAGGCAAGUGCUACAGGCUGUACACUGAGCGAGCGUACAGGGACGAGAUGCUCACCACCAACGUGCCUGAGAUCCAGAGGACCAACCUGGCCAGUACUGUGCUGUCCCUGAAGGCUAUGGGUAUCAAUGACCUUCUCUCAUUUGACUUCAUGGAUGCUCCCCCAAUGGAGACUCUGAUCACAGCCAUGGAGCAGCUGUACACUCUGGGGGCCCUGGAUGACGAGGGGCUGCUGACCCGGCUGGGUCGCAGGAUGGCUGAGUUUCCCCUGGAGCCCAUGCUGUGCAAGAUGCUCAUCAUGUCUGUCCACCUGGGCUGCAGUGAAGAGAUGCUGACCAUCGUGUCCAUGCUGUCCGUGCAGAAUGUCUUCUACAGGCCCAAGGACAAGCAAGCGCUGGCAGACCAGAAGAAGGCCAAGUUCCACCAGCCUGAAGGGGACCAUCUGACCCUGCUGGCUGUCUAUAACUCCUGGAAGAACAACAAGUUCUCCAACCCCUGGUGCUAUGAGAACUUCAUUCAGGCGAGGUCUCUGCGACGUGCUCAAGACAUCCGCAAACAGAUGCUGGGCAUCAUGGACAGACACAAACUGGACGUGGUGUCAUGUGGGAAGGCCACGGUGCGAGUGCAGAAGGCCAUCUGCAGUGGCUUCUUCCGCAACGCGGCCAAGAAGGACCCCCAGGAGGGCUACCGCACCCUUAUCGACCAGCAGGUGGUAUACAUCCACCCCUCCAGCGCCCUGUUCAACCGCCAGCCGGAAUGGGUGGUGUACCACGAGUUGGUGCUGACCACCAAGGAGUACAUGCGGGAGGUGACCACCAUCGACCCGCGCUGGCUGGUGGAGUUUGCCCCGGCCUUCUUCAAGGUGUCCGACCCCACGCGGCUCAGCAAGCAGAAGAAGCAGCAGCGACUGGAGCCGCUAUACAACCGCUAUGAGGAGCCCAACGCCUGGCGCAUCUCGCGGGCGUUCCGCCGCCGCUAGGCCCCCACGUCAGGCCCGGGGGGUUAACUUUCCCGUAUCUCUCCCGCUGUCUUUACCACACUUCCUCUUCGGCUACAAACAAAUGUUCUGGAACUUUUUCAUAGUCCCUGGUGUAUUUUACUGCAACCGCCAUUCAUAUUUCUGAGGCCAGAAGGACCAUUGUAGCAGUUGUAAUAAACAAUGUCAUGUAUUGUUUAAAAGAGGGGGGGGGGGUAUUGGGCUCAAGUAGUGGCAAAAUGGCUUAAGAAAAGGUGUCUUGCACCUUUCUUCAGCAACGGAACAUGCCUUUAGCUGGUCUUGUGUUGGGCAUAGGUGCUGCACACAUUUGUCCAAUGAGAAACCUGUUGCUAUGUGCUAAUGGUCCUCAUGGUUACCCCAAAAAAUGGUGAGUGCUAAAGGGACCACCGGUAAAGUAAUUCAUCAGAAAUGUACAGAUGGGAAAUGCUUGUACCUGGGCCCUUCAACCAUUCCUCCCCCUGAGGAAUUCCAGAGCACUGUUUCAUAUAAAGAAACAUAAAUUGCUUGUAUCUGAGUUUCAGGUACUUUUUCAGGAUCUGUCUUGGACUGAAAGCCACAGUGCAGGGGGGGUUUAUGUAUGUGUAUAUAACUUUAUUUUUUAUGUCCAUUUGGAACUUGGGUUUGUCUAUUUAGGCUUCAGCUGUACUCGUUUUAUUUGCUCAUUAAACACCCUUGUCUGUC